AUGGACAAAUCGAUGAGCAAUAAAUUUCAAACGAACUUCAAAUUUGUUAAACCGCUUUAUAAAAAAUCGAAGAUCAACGCUCGUGAUUGCACAGUAAAAAGUACAUUUCCUGUCACGUUUGAUAGGAGUAUAAAACGGUUUGGCGACGACUUUAACGUCAAAACAGUUGUUACUAAAAGCGGUGCUAACGUUAUAAAUAUUAAACGUAACUUCAGUAGAGAAUAUAAAGUUUUAUUACCUGGUGCUUGUGAUAGUGAAAUUAAUGCUGAUGAUUUGCAAAGUUUUAGAGAUUUCGAAAAAACACUCAAUAAACAAAUCACACAUCGCGAUAAGUUUUUAAGUGAUAUGAAUAUGUUAAACAACAAUGAAGGUGCCACGUGUAGUCUUAGUAAUAUAGAAAAAUUUACGAACAAACAUAAUGAUAACAAUAAAUUAUCACAGACAGAUCUUAAUCGGACUAUUGUUUACCAUAAGAUGCCUGACACGUGGUUGAGAGUGUAUCCCGACAAAAAAGUUCCCGGAGAGAACUUAUAUUCGAUAAUAUUAAGAUGUUGUUUGUGCCAACUAGGACUAGCCACUUUUUUGAUACUUUGGACUACCAUUGCUGUUUUCGUUAUACAAUCCUAUGAAGGUCCGCAAGAAAUAAAAGUAUCAUCACAAUUUGAAAAGGAACAAAAUCAACUCGUAAUCGAUCUGGCAACAGAACUAAGACAGAUAACUCCACUGUCACCAAGAUGGCGUUACGCGAUUGAAAGACGCGUUGAGGAUGAACGACAACUCACUAUACGAGCUGUAGGAGACGGAGCCAGACUCAAACCGGGACGUUUCUGGGACUUACCGGGCACAUUCUUAUUCGCUGUCUACGUCAUGACCGCUUUAGGUUUCGGUGCUCCGGUACCACAUACCCUAUUGGGACGGACAUCUGCAUUAUUAUACGCUAUUCUAGCAAUUCCAACUCAUAUAUAUCUAAUGGUGAACGCAAGCACGUGUAUGAUAGUUCACGUCGAAGCAUACACGAAGCACUUGAAGGAAAACUUUUGCGGAAAAUUUAGUGAACAUAAACACGACUUUGUGAACAAAAGAGAAAACGUUAGCUGUAGUCGUGACUCCGAAAUUACAAAAUCAUCAACCAAAUGGUAUUUAUGUAGAAAAAUAAUUAGAUGUUUCGGGAUAAUCGGAGCCGGUCGCUGCGUGCCUCUCGCCACAAUCGCGUAUUACAUAAUUGGCGUCGUAGCAUUCGGAAUACUACGGAAUAAGACGCCUUUGGAAACCGCUAUGUUUCCAUUAGAAUUUACUACCACUGGAGGAUUGGAACACGUAGAAGGCUACGUGCGUAUUUUCUACGGUUUUUACGUGGAAGGUGCAAUGUGUCUACUGGCAUGUGUUCUUGCAAUAGUGCGCCGACAUGGAAGUUCAAUUUUUUCAAGCAUAUCAGAACCUUGCAGAUUGUUUGAAAGAGAUACAUGUGAACAAUGCUCUAGCGAUAAAGAGAGAGUUUAA